AUGUCUUCAGCUGAGAGGGUUUUCAACGUUGGAGUGUUCUUUGUUGUUUUCAGAGAAUGUUUAGAAGCAGUGGUUGUGGUUUCGGUGUUGUUGUCUUUCUUGAGACAGGCCAUUGGGAGCAAGGAUUGGGCCCUCUAUAAGAGGCUGAGGCUGCAGGUCUGGAUUGGUGUCGUGGCCGGGUUUAUCAUCUGUCUGGGAAUCGGCGGUGGGUUCAUCGGUGCGUACUACAGAUACAACAACGAUAUCUUUGGCUCGGCCGAAGACUUGUGGGAGGGUGUGUUCUGCAUGAUUGCGACGAUCAUGAUCAGUAUGAUGGGUAUCCCGAUGCUGAGGAUGAACAAGAUGCAGGCGAAAUGGAGAGUCAAGAUCGCACGUUCGCUGGUUGAAAAACCAAAGAGCAGAAGGGGCUACUUCAACAUUGGUUUCCUCGCCAGACGGUACGUCAUGUUCCUGUUGCCAUUCAUCACGGUUUUGAGAGAAGGUCUGGAAGCCGUUGUGUUCGUUGCCGGUGCGGGUAUUACCACGACUGGAUCUAGAGCCACGGCUUACCCAUUGCCUGUGUUUGUCGGUUUGGUUGCGGGUAUUUUUGUCGGUCUGCUGUUGUAUUACGGUGCUUCAAGGUCUUCUUUGCAGAUUUUCCUGAUCAUUUCGACCUGUAUUCUUUAUUUGAUUUCGGCAGGUCUGUUCUCCAGGGGUGCGUGGUAUUUCGAGAGCUACAUCUUCAACAAAAAGUCCGGCGGUGACGCCUCCGAAAGUGGUGAUGGUAAUGGUUCCUACAAUAUCAGAAAGGCAGUUUACCACGUCAACUGUUGUAAUCCGGAAUUGGAUAACGGUUGGGAUAUUUUCAACGCCCUAUUGGGAUGGCAAAAUACAGGCUACCUCUCAUCCAUGUUGUGCUACAACAUUUACUGGUUGGUAUUGAUGAUCGUUUUGGGUCUGAUGAUGUUUGAAGAGAAAAAGGGCCAUUUGCCAUUCUGUGAAAAAUUGAGAUUAAGAGAAUUGAACCCAAUGUACUGGAUCAAAAACAAGAAAAAGAAUGAAAUUACAGAGGAACAAAAGGCUGAAUUGUUCCGCAAAUUGAACAACUUGGAAUUCGACGGUGAGGGUAAUAUAAAACACGAUGACGAAAACUCUAGUAGCAACGACAAAGUAGUUCAAUCUUAUGAGAACACAGCUGCGAAAGUUUAA